AUGGGUUUCCAUGCUGAGGCAAAGGCGAGGAUACAUCAACCUUGUGCAGCUUGCAGGAUGCUGCGCAGAAGAUGUGAUAGUAAGUGCCUACUUGCUCCAUAUUUCCCAACUGAUGAGAUUGAGAAAUUUGUUGGAGUGCAUAGAGUGUUCGGUGCUAGCAACGUUAUCAAAAUGAUUCAGAUGGUGGAGGAAACAAAGAGAGAAGAUGCGGUUAAAUCCAUGGUCUACGAGGCCACGGCAAGGCUUAGAGACCCAGUUUAUGGCAGUGCUGGAGCUAUUUAUCAGUUACAAAAGAUGAUUCAAGAGUUGAAAGCACAGUUGGAAUCGAUAAACACUCGGGUAUCAGAGCUGAGAGAACAAAAAGACCAGUUGUUGAGCAUUAGUAACAACAACGCUCAGGGCCACCUUGACCCUUUGUCAUUAGAAUUUGAUUGUUCCAUGGUCUUAGAUCCAUUUGAAUUUCCUGUAGAAGGUGACUGGGUAUAUAGCAUUGAUAAUGUUAACACCUGCUAA